UAUUCAUGGUCCCCGUCCCAGUAUUUCGAUGAAGACAGCUACCCCUCCCCACCCAGGAACAUGAAAGGUCUUUCAGGCGGCCGCCCCCAGCUCACCAUCACACCAGGACAUACCUGUGGCAUCGGCGACUGCGAACACUCCCUUGACCAUCUUCAGCAUGGCACAUCUGAAGCCCGGCAGUCCUACCUGCUCAGCCCCACCGAGAGCUGCCCGCUUGAUCACCACCGCUGUUCCCCUCGCAGCUCCAUCCACUCAGAGUGCAUGGUGAUGCCUGUCUCCAUCCCGUCUGACCAUGUCUCAAGCAGUACUUUCCCCAGGAUGCACUACAGCUCGCACCACGAUGGUUCAAGGGAUGACUGCUCCACUUCACACAGGAGUGGGAAGAUGAACCGUAUCCCUCCCAACCUGCUGGACCAAUUUGAGAAGCAGCUACCAAUUCACCGUGAUGGCUUCCAUACUCUCCAAUACCAGCGCACCUCCACCACCGCCACCAGCGAGCAGCGCAAUGAGAGCCCAGGCCGUAUCCGCCACCUGGUCCACUCUGUGCAGAAGCUGUUCACCAAGUCUCACUCACUGGAGGGCUCAUCCAAGAUGAACGGCUCCUCCAAAGGUGACUCUCGCUCAGAUGGAGGCCACCACCACCACCACCACCAUCACCAUCACGGUGGGAGUGGCCACCACAAGCACAGUAAGCGGAGCAAAAGUAAAGAACGCAAGGCCGAUUCCAAGCACCGUUCAGGGAUCGCUGGAUGGUGGAGUUCAGAUGACAAUCUGGACAGUGACAGUACAUACCGGACUCCGAGUGUCAUGAGCCGUCACCAUGUGGACCACAUCAGCCACUGUUACCCAGAGUCAGUGCAGAGUCACUUUGGAGACCUGUCACUCAAGACCUCAAAGAGUAACAAUGACGUCAAGUGCUCAGCAUGCGAAAGCAUGGCCAUGGCACCUGAGGGCAAGUUCAUGAAGCGAAGCUCCUGGUCCACACUGACUGUAAGUCAGGCCAAGGAGGCUUAUCGCAAGUCCUCUCUCAACCUGGAGAAACCUAUGACACCAACAGAUCUCAAACCUUCAUUGAGGCCUUGUCAUUACUUACAGGUCCCCCAAGAUGAAUGGGGAGGUUAUCCAGGCAGCAACAAAGAUGAGGAGAUCCCAUGCCGGAGAAUGCGGAGCAGCAGUUAUGUCAAAGCCAUGGGUGAUGAGGAGAGCGGCGACUCUGAUGGGAGUCCCAAAAAUUCACCCCAGAAGACUGUGCGCCCCGAUGCCCUUGUCAAAUCAGUGCUUCAGAGGCAGCUGUCAGACUCCCAAAGUCAGAGCUACCAUUUGCAGGCUGCAAGAGAUGUGCACCCCAGUAUUUCCUUGGAUCCCUCUACCAACUACAACUCCCCUAAGUUCCGAUCCAGGAACCAAAGCUACAUGCGAGCAGUCAGUACUCUUAGUCAAGCUAGCUGUGUCAGCCAGGUGAGUGAGACAGAGAUCAAUGGGCAGUUUGAGUCAGUCUGUGAGUCGGUCUUCAGCGAGGUGGAGUCUCAAGCUAUGGAGGCUCUAGACCUACCUGGCUGUUUCCGCACGCGAAGUCACAGUUACCUGCGUGCCAUCCAGGCUGGUUACUCCCAGGAUGAUGACUGUGUCCCAUCCAUGACAUCUUCCACGGUUACUUCCACCAUCAGAUCCACAACAGCGGUCACCUACACCCCCAGCACUCCUACAUACAAGCGCACGCCUCCACCUGUGCCUCCUCGCACCACCUCUAAGCCGCUCAUCUCCGUCACAGCCCAGAGCAGCACUGAAUCCACCCAGGAUGCCUACCACGAGGGACGGACACCUCACGGGGGUCUGUGGUCCCCCGACGGACUGGGUCUUGCUCGGGCCCGCUACAACUCCACAGAUAGUUUGGACAGUGCCAAGGCUGUCACUAUCGCUAUGGAAGCAGCCGCAGUGAUGGCGAGCAAACGGCACCCGUCCACAGACAGCCACAGCUCAGUCUUGACCUGUGACAAGGCAGUUCUGGUGUCCAAGGCUGAGGAAUAUCUGAAAACUCCCAGGUCAUCUAUAGGGAUACAGGUGGAGGCAGCCACAGACUCUGAAUCAGAGAGCAAAGGGCUGAGAGAGUACCACUCAGUGGGGAUCCAAGUGGAGGAUGAGAAAAGACAGGGCCGUUUCAAACGCUCUAACAGUGUGACUGCAGCUGUGCAGGCUGACCUUGAGCUGGAGGGCUUUCCUGCCAUGGAGGAUAAGGGCCUGCAGUUUGGCGGUGGUUUCCAGCGCCAUUCAGAGCCCAGUACACCUACGCAGUAUGGUGCCGUGCGCACUGUCCGCACCCAGGGUCUUUUUAGCUACCGCGAGGACUACCGUGGUACCCCAGAGCCCACCAGUCCUCAGCGCAGCCCAGAGCCCUGGCUGGAGCCAUCGCCAAGGGAGACUGUCGCCCCCCCAGUAGCAGUGACAGUGACCCCACCCUCUGCAACUGAGUCGGGCCGCGUCUCGCCCUCCUGCAGGCGGGACGGCAGCUGGUUCAUGCAGCUACUCCACACAGAGACCAAAAGAAUGGAGGGAUGGUGCAAAGAGAUGGAGGGAGAGGCAGAGGAGAAUGAUCUGUCAGAGGAGAUCUUAGGAAAGAUCCGGAGUGCUGUAGGCAGUGCACAGCUUCUUAUGUCUCAGAAAUUCCAGCAAUUUUACUGGCUGUGUCAGCAAAACCUGGACCCCAGUGCUAUGCCAAGACCCACCUCUCAGGACCUGGCUGGAUUCUGGGACCUCCUACAGCUCUCCAUAGAUGAUGUCACCUCCAAGUUUGAUGAGCUGCAGCGGAUCAAGAGCAAUCGCUGGAAGCUCAUUGAGAGCCCUGUAAAAAAGAAAAUGCAUGUUUUUGCACAUGAACAGUUGCCGCCUCCUGUACCAAAGAAGACUUUGCGGAAGAGUGUGACGCGAGAGAAGUCGCUGGACCUACCGGACCGACAGCGGCAGGAGGCCAGAAGAAGGCUUAUGGCAGCCAAACGGGCAGCGUCAUUCCGGCAGAAUUCAGCAAGUGAACGUGCGGACAGCAUCGAAAUCUACAUCCCUGAGGCCCAGACACGACUCUGA